GCAUUUAUUCAACCUUUAUAUCACUAUUAGUUUUACUAGUUCAAUAUACAUAAACAGAAUAAAAAGCCACAGAACCAACAACUUCUGAGUCAGAUCUUAUUAAUUACCAUGAUAUCUCAGUCUCAAUCAUGUGCUUUAAUUGCAACAAUAAUAUUUGUUCUUGCAACACAAAUCAUAAUAGGAGUAAAUUCCUUUCCAGAAUCUGAUAAGAUAAGAACUUUACCUCAGCAGCCAAAAGUUGAAUUCCAACAAUAUGCUGGUUAUAUUACAGUUGAUGAAGUGCAAAAGAGAGCUUUGUUUUACUAUUUUGUUGAAGCUGAAGUUGAACCAGCUUCUAAGCCAGUAGUGCUUUGGUUAAAUGGAGGGCCUGGAUGUUCUUCUGUUGGAGCUGGAGCAUUUGUGGAGCAUGGUCCAUUCAAACCAACUGAAAAUGGUCUUAUUAAAAAUGAUUAUAGUUGGAACAAAGUGGCAAAUAUGCUCUACUUGGAAUCACCUGCUGGUGUUGGUUUCUCAUACUCUGCCAAUAAAUCAUUCUAUGACUCUGUCAAUGAUGAAAUAACAGCAAGGGAUAAUCUUGUCUUUCUACAACAUUGGUUCUCUAAAUUCCAAGAGUACAAAAACAAUGAUUUCUUUAUCACAGGGGAGAGUUAUGCAGGUCACUAUGUACCCCAACUUGCACAAAUCAUUGUUCAAACCAAAAGCAAAUUCAAUCUCAAGGGGAUAGCAAUAGGAAAUCCUCUUCUUGAAUUUAACACAGAUUUCAACUCAAGAGCUGAGUUUUUAUGGUCUCAUGGACUGAUAUCAGAUUCAACCUAUGAAACUUUCACAAAAGUAUGCAACUAUUCUCAAAUUAGAAGAGAAUAUCAAAAUGGGAGAGCUACUAUUGUUUGUUCAAGAGUGAAUAGGCUAGUGUCAAUGGAGAUUAGUAGAUAUAUUGAUUCAUAUGAUGUUACACUUGAUGUUUGUCUACCAUCAGAAAAACAACAGGCAUAUAUACUGACUCAAUUGCAAGAGGGAGAGAAGAUAGAUGUUUGUGAAGAGGAUGAAACAAUUACAUACUUGAAUAGGAAAGAUGUGCAGUUAGCUCUCCAUGCUAAGCUUGUAGGGAUCCCCUUAUGGUCAACUUGUAGUGGUGUUCUGAAAUAUGACAUGCAAAAUCUAGAGAUUCCAACCAUAUCAAUUCUAGGGAAACUUGUUAAAUCAGGUGUAAGAGUUCUAGUAUACAGUGGUGAUCAAGAUUCAGUGAUACCUUUACUUGGGACAAGAUCUUUAGUAAAUGGAUUAGCCAAGGACUUUGGGUUGAACACAACAAAUUCCUAUAGAGCUUGGUUUAAUCAAAGACAGGUAGCUGGAUGGACCCAAAUAUAUGGUGGUGGCAUCUUAUCAUUUGCAACCAUAAGAGGAGCAUCUCAUGAGGCACCAUUUUCACAACCUGGGAGAUCAUUGGGGCUGCUAAAGGCAUUUUUGGAAGGAAAGCCACUUCCAACUAUUCUUUGAAAUAUGAAUGAAUACACUACUCAACACAACUGAAGGAACCACAAUAAGUAGAACUUCACAUAAAUUUUUAAUAGAAACACUUUAAUCAGCAUCAAAUUAUGUGAUUUGGAAUUUUUCCAACAUUAUUAAAAUCAGAUGAUUUCAUUUAGAUUUCAGAGCCAAACCUUUAUCUGAUAACUUCCUAAAGUUGUCUUCCUUGGAAUAUUCAGAAAUGUCUAGUACAUUUUCAA